CGCCAUCGUCCUCCAUCAAUUUGAUUUUAAUCGACGGCUGAAAGUGUUCUUCCCAUUCGCAGUCUUCAUAUAUAAACACGACCCGAGUAAUCUUAUUCAUUCAUUCUCAUUUCAAUCUUAUUCUUAGAGUUAAUAAUUUUAAGAGAAAAAUGUCAGGUCGUGGAAAAGGAGGAAAGGGUUUGGGAAAGGGAGGAGCAAAGAGGCACAGAAAAGUGCUUCGCGACAACAUCCAGGGAAUUACCAAGCCUGCAAUUCGCCGUUUGGCUAGAAGAGGUGGCGUCAAGAGAAUCAGUGGUCUCAUCUAUGAAGAAACUCGUGGUGUUCUCAAGAUCUUUCUCGAGAAUGUUAUUCGUGAUGCAGUGACCUACACUGAGCACGCUAGGAGGAAAACCGUUACCGCCAUGGAUGUGGUUUAUGCUCUGAAGAGGCAGGGAAGGACUCUUUACGGUUUCGGUGGUUGAUUGUAGUCUUCAAAUUAGGGGUUUUGUUAGCCCUUGCUGGUUUAGUUGUAAAUGUUGGUUAAUUUCGACGUAUUUCAGCUGCUCUGUUUUGGUUCAUUUGAUAAAAUUAGGUUUAGAUCUGUUUGAAUUAAACUUGAACAACUUGUUCUAUGUUUUUAUUAUGUGGAUUUGUAAGAGUUUUUAAUUAUGAAUGACAAAUCUUUGAAAGAGUUUUUAGUUA